GCUCGGCGCAUCUGAGCGCGUGGACUCUGCACGACAACUUAGUUAGAUGUGAGCUCGAUACAAGCGGACUCCUGAAACACUGUGGCAUGGGAAACGGAAUUAAUAAGGUUCUGCCAGACCUGUACUUGGGUAAUUUCAAAGAUGCCAGAGACAGGGAGCAAUUAGCCAGAAACAACAUCACACACAUCCUCUCCAUCCAUGACACCGCUGCGCCCAUUUUACAGGAGAUGACUUAUCUUUGUAUCCCAGCAGCAGAUUCGCCCACGCAAAACCUCGUUCAGCAUUUUGAGAAGAGCAUUAAGUUCAUGCACGAGUCUCGACUGAAAGGCGAGGGCUGUCUGGUGCACUGUCUAGCCGGCGUGUCGCGCAGCGUGACGCUGGUGGUGGCGUAUCUCAUGACCGUCACGACUCUGGGAUGGCAGGAGGCUCUGGCUGCGGUGAAGGUGGCCAGACCUUGUGCUUCACCAAACAUGGGCUUCCAGAAGCAGCUGCAGGAGUUUGAGACCAGCCAGCUACAGCAGUUCAGAGAGCGGCUGAAGCAGGAGUAUAAGGAAAACCCCUUCAGUGACGAGGAGGACGUUCAGAACCUGCUGGCACAGAGCUGCUCCGCACCAGAGGAACACGAGUUUGAACACAACUGAGAGAUCGCUCAGAGCAUUCCUGUGUGUCGUUAUGACUGAUAUCUGGGAUUAGAAACGUCAUCAUGCAACACGCUGAUUGUGUUUGCUAUGGCACAGCACUGUUUAAUAACUUAUGGACACUUUUUGUAAAUAAGACAUAUUCAAGGUUUUAAUGUUUACUACUGAUGUGACGUUUA